AUGGACGAGUCCGAAAGGGAAGAGAAAAGGAACAUGCUGGGGUUGGGAAAACUGGUACCGAAGGGGGUAGAUAUUGCUAAAUUUUCCUUGAGGAAAAAAUAUGCACUGUUCAUGCUAUUUUGCGUGUACAUAAUAACGUGCGUGGGUAUAUUUUUUAAUUGGAUAUCUUUGUCAGAUUUUUUUUAUCACGGAAAUGUAUACAUAGACGAUUGCAAAAAUGUGAAUUUAGAAGAGAUAUUAUAUGAGGAAGGAAAAUCCUACAGUUGUGCAGAACAAGACAAAAGGGUACAAGCAUUAUACCCAAUUAUCCUAUGUUCAAAUUUCAUCAUGUCAGCUAUAUCAGGUGUCUCUUUUGAUUAUUUCGGUCCCAAAAUUACAGCUUUAAUUGGUCAUACAUUUAACAUAAUUUCUUGGGUUUUAAUUGGACUACAAAAAGACGGGACAAAUAAUACCAUAAUUUGGGGUGCAAUAUUUUUAGGCUUAUCUGGUGACUCAUCUUAUAUACCUAUCCUUAGUUUAAUAUAUCUAUUUGAAAAAAAUCAUACCAUGUAUACCGUUAUUUUCGGUUGUUGUGCUUCUCUAAGUUUCAGUAUCCCAAUAUUUUUGGAUAUUUUCACCAAAAAAAAUGAUACAAAGUCUUUUCAGUUAACAUGCAUGUCAUAUUGCACUAUCAUAUUAAUUCCCUUUUUUUUUGUCUUACUAAUAUUUUUGCCCUUUAACCAUAUCAGUAGUGAUAAAUCAACUCCGGUUGAAUUCGAGUCGAGCAACCAGACGUUGCAAGAGCUAAAGGGGUACAUUGUUUCGGGUGCAGAAAGUCAUGACUCGGACGAGACGCACCUGGGAAGGCCAAUUGGAGAGUCAAUCGAUGAGCCAGUUGGAGAGGCAAUCGAUGAGCCAAUUGGAGAGUUAAUCGAUGAGCCAGUUGGAGAGUUAAUUGAUGAGCCAGUUGGAGAGGCCAUCAACGAGCCAACGAUAGAAAGGAAAGGUGAAAAUGAUCCAUUGAGGUAUUACACAAAUGAGGUUAAUGAGCUGAAUUUGCAAAGCGAAGGGAAUAGUAAAAAAAAAAAGGAUUUUGAGAAUAUAGUACCUUUUCCUCUAUGUAGAGAGGAGGCAGAUACAUCAGAAAAGGAUAGUAAUACAUUGAGAGAGUUGAUGAUCGAACGUGAUUUCAGCUCAUCAUCCUUUAGCAUAUCCCCAGCAAAUGGGUGUGUUUUGCGAAAGGUGUGCAGCCAACACACGUGCAGUAAUUUACCACCACGGGAUAAGGGGUGGGGAGUAAGUUUAUUUUCAAAAAAGGGAAUUUUUUCAUUGGAUUCUGAAGAUUAUGCAAGAAGUUCAUCUGUUAGAGGAGGAGGAGGAGAAGCAAGAGCUGGAGCAGCAGCAGUAACAGCAGCAGGGAGGAGAGGAACUCCAACUGAACGUGGAUCUCUAAAGAUUAAUACGUUUGAACAAGAUGAUGAUAUCAUUAAUUUAGACCUUUUCUCUAAAGAAAAGAAGAAACACGUUUUCUAUAAUGAGACGAUUGAAACAUUUUUUUCCAUCAAAUAUCUUAGUAUCUGUUACUAUUUCACGAUAUACAAUUUAUCUCUAGUGAACUACAACGAAUGCGCAAAAUUAUUUUUUCAAGAUUAUACAGAUGUUCAGAAUGUUUUGAAAAUAUUCGGACCUUUAUCUGUGAUAUCAUGUGGAUUAUUUGGUUUCCUAAUUCAUAAAUUUCACAUACUUGUGAUGAUAUUUAUCUUACUAACAAGUAGCUUGUUCAUGUAUAUAUUUGCAGUAUUGAAAAGUAAAAUAUUUGCUUAUUUAAGCACUGUUUGUUAUUUAAUAGUUACAGGAUGUUAUACAACUCAGUUAUACUGUUAUAUCCAAAUUAUGUUUCCAAAACAUCAUUUUGGAAAAAUUGCAGGUACCACUAGCAUGAUUAGUGGUUUGCUAUCUCUUCUCAAUAUACCCAUUUAUAAUUAUUUCAUUGUCGAUUAUAACCGGAAUGAUCCACAUCCAUUUGCUUACGUUGUUAUAGCUCUCUUGGUGUCUGCAUUUCCAUUGCUCUUUCUCACGUACAUGCGAGAAAAAAAAGGAAAUGUAUAA